AUGCUCGCCGCCCCAGCAUUCUCCGUCGCAACGGCCUCGACUCCGGUGACUCGCAACCUGCCAGCACAGAGCUUUGCGGAAUCCGCACAGCACUCCGCGCAUGGCGGUGCACAGCUCGGAGCAUCCAGCUUCCUGGGCGGGGCCCUUGGGGUUGCUGGCCUGGCCGGCCUCAGCCGGCGCCAGCGCACCAAGGCCGCUAGGAAGCUUCAGACGGCUCGGCAGUUCUCCGUCCAGCUGCCCUCGAUCCCCUUCAUGGCGCCUCCCGGCAAGAAGACGGUGAUUAUCACCGGGGCCUCCUCCGGCCUUGGCCUCAACGCUGCCAAGGAGUUGGCAGCAAGUGGCGAGUGGUAUGUCAUCAUGGCCUGUCGGGACUUCCAGAAGGCAGAGAAAGCAGCCAAGGAGGCAGGCAUGUUCGCGGACUCCUACGAGGUGCUCCAUUGCGACCUUGCCUCCAAUCGCAGUGUGCGCCAUUUUGUGGAUGCCUUCCACGCCAUGAACCGGCCCUUGGAUGCGUUGGUGUGCAAUGCGGCCGUGUACUUCCCCAAUGCGCACAAGCCUGGCAUCUUCCUUCCGGGUCUCUUCGCAGGAGAGGGCCCCCGCUGGUCCGCAGAUGGCCAUGAGCUCAGCUUUGCCGCAAACUACCUCGGCCAUUUCCUGCUCUGCAACCUACUUUUGGAGGAUCUGAAGCGCAGCACUGUGAAGCCAGCUCGUUGCGUCAUCUUGGGCACGGUGACUGCGACUGUGAAUGGUGCGGAGUUGGGAGGAAUGAUCCCCCCACUGGCGCACGUGGGCAAUUUCGAGGGCUUGGAGAAAGGCAUGAAGGCCCCCGUGUCUAUGCUUGAUGCCCAUGAGUUCAAUGGUGCAAAAGCAUACAAGGACAGCAAGGUCUGUGAUGUAAUGCUGAUGAAGGAGUUGCAUCGUCGAUAUCACCAGGAGACAGGCAUUGUCUUCACCUCGCUCUACCCGGGAUGCAUUGCGGAGACCGGUCUGUUCCGUGAACACUACCCUCUCUUCCAGAACCUCUUCCCCGCUUUCCACAAGACCGUCACGAAAGCAUAUGUCAGUCAGGAGGAGGCUGGCAGGCGCCUUGCAGCAUGUGUUGCAGAUGAGAGGUAUGCAACAUCUGGCUCCUACUACAGCUGGGGAGGUGAGGCAGGAACAGGAGGAAGUGGUGGCAAAGAUGCUGUGGAGAACAAGGACAAGGAACUGGAUUGGUUCAUGAACUACGGCAGCUUCCGCACACUCACCGUUGACGAGAUUGGUGGAGAGGCUGCUGAUGAUGCGCGAUGCCGCAAGUUGUGGGACCUCAGUGAAAGGCUUGUGCAGGCUCGCUAA